AUGACUGAAAUUAAAUUAUCACUAAACUCAGCAUCUGUUUCUACAGAAAAUAAGGCAAGAAAGGGAAAUGUUUGCCAUGUACUUCCUUGUCACAUUACUCCCUCUGGACCUACCAGUACUGCAUCCAAGUACUUUCAUAUUAAAGAAGUUGAACAACCCAAACCAGCAGAAAAGGAUACAACGCUUACUACAACAAUAACAGCAGAACCGGAUAUAAAAACUGAGAAAGAAACAGAAAUCACAGCACAAAAAGAAGAAAAGGAAAAAAUUGCACAAAAGGAAGAAACAUUAGUUGCGACUGAUAAAAAAGGGAAAAAAGUUUACGAGACAUAUUUUCGUGGAAGAAAGCUGAAAGGAGUUGAAGUAUCUCUUCCUGACGAUUUAGUUGGUGUUAUUGUACAGGAAACUGAAAUCAAAACGGUUAUGGAAUCUUCUAAUAAGCGACCGAGGGAGGAUGACUUUGACAAUGACUUUAUUGAAGAAUAUGAUGACGAUGUUGCAUUGACAAAUAGUAUUGAUAUUGCAAAAAAAGUGAAAGUUUGGGAACAAUUAGAACCUGAACUUGCUUUUGAAAAAAUAAUGGUCUGGGACCAUGAAAAAGUACCAAACUCAGAUACUAACCAAUAUAUCACUGGAAUUACAGACUGGGUAAAGUUGGCACAUGCGAUUCAUGACCCAGUAGAAAUCAAUGAUAACAACUAA